AUGAAGCACAUAAUUGUCUGCCUGCAAAUCUUUCUGCUGAUCUCCAGCUUCUCUUAUUCGAUCCAAACCCAAUACACCUCGAUUUUUAGCUUCGGUGACUCCUACACUGACACCGGCAACGCCAUCAUCCUCUACGGACCGACGAAACCCGAUCUAUGGAUGAACAAACCGCCGUACGGGAUGACUUUCUUUGGGCAUCCCACCGGCCGUCUCUCCGAUGGGAGACUGAUAAUCGAUUUCAUUGCUGAAGCAUUGGGGCUCCCUCUCCUUCCGCCGUCGUUGGCGGCGAACCAGAGCUUCCAGCAAGGCGCAAACUUCGCGGUGGCCGGAGCCACGGCACUGAACCGAACAUCAUCCUACGUGCAAGGCGGCGGCGUAAAACUUCCUCCGAUCAACGUCUCCCUCAGCGACCAGCUGGGAUGGUUCGACGCCAUGAAGCCCUCGCUGUGCAGCUCACCCCAAGCAUGCAAGGAGUUCUUCGCGAAGGCGUUGUUCGUCGUCGGCGAGUUGGGUUGGAACGACUACGGGGUCAUGCUCGUCGGCGGCAAGAGCGUUGGUGAAGUGCAGUCUUACGUGCCUCGACUCGUCGGAGUUAUUUGUGCAGCCACGGAGAAACUCAUCAACGAAGGCGCCUCGACGAUCGUGGUGUCGGGGGUGUCGCCACUGGGGUGCGCGCCGGGGAACCUGGUACUUUUGGUAAGCCAAAACAAAGCCGACUACGAGACGGACACGGGGUGCCUGAAGAAUCUGAACCUGCUGUCCAAGGACCACAACUCGCAGCUGAGCCAGGCUCUGACGAAGCUCAACGCCAGGUACCCCGGCGUGAGGAUCACCUACGCCGACUUGUACACGCCCAUCAUCGACUUCGCGGCGUCUCCGGAUCGCUACGGGUUCGACGGGACGGACGGCGCGCUGAGAACUUGCUGCGGCGGCGGCGGCGGGAAGUUCAACUUCAACCUCAGCAGGUCCUGCGGGAUGCCGGGCGUGAGCGCCUGCGGGGACCCGUCGGUGUAUGUGAACUGGGACGGCGUCCAUCUCACCGAGGCGGCGUACCACCGCGUCGCCGACGGCUGGCUCAGGGGCCCCUUCGCCCACCCGCCCAUACUCAGCACGUAUAAUUAG